GCUGGGGUAAGGGGAGGAGGAGGAGGUCGCGUCGCCUCCGGCGGGGCUCGCGCUCGCCCUCGCGCUUGCCCUCCGCCUUGCCCGAGCCCCGCGAGGGUGAAACGCUUUCUCCCAGCAUGCAGCGGGAGGAGGGAUUUAACACCAAGAUGGCGGACGGCCCGGAUGAGUACGAGGCCGAAGCGGGCUGCGUGCCCCUUCUCCAUCCAGAGGAAAUCAAACCUCAAAGCCAUUACAACCAUGGGUAUGGUGAACCCCUCGGACGGAAAGCUCACAUUGACGAUUACAGCACAUGGGACAUAGUUAAGGCUACACAAUACGGAAUAUAUGAACGCUGCCGAGAACUAGUGGAAGCAGGUUAUGAUGUACGGCAACCAGACAAAGAAAAUGUUACACUCCUCCAUUGGGCUGCCAUCAAUAACAGAAUAGAUUUAGUCAAAUACUAUAUUUCGAAAGGUGCUAUUGUGGAUCAACUCGGAGGAGACCUAAAUUCAACUCCAUUGCACUGGGCCACGAGGCAAGGCCAUCUAUCUAUGGUUGUGCAACUAAUGAAAUAUGGUGCAGACCCUUCGUUAAUUGAUGGAGAAGGAUGUAGCUGUAUUCAUCUGGCUGCUCAGUUUGGACAUACCUCAAUUGUUGCUUAUCUCAUAGCAAAAGGACAGUUAGGGUUGUUGUUGUUGUUGUGUUUUUUUUUCCUUUUCAGUGUGGAUCCAACUAGAUUGCUUUUAACAUUCAAUGUUUCAGUUAACCUUGGUGACAAGUAUCACAAAAACACUGCUCUGCACUGGGCAGUACUAGCAGGGAAUACCACAGUCAUUAGUCUUCUUCUGGAAGCUGGAGCUAAUGUUGAUGCCCAGAAUGUCAAGGGCGAAUCAGCACUUGAUUUGGCAAAGCAGAGAAAAAACGUGUGGAUGAUCAACCAUUUGCAAGAAGCAAGGCAAGCAAAAGGAUAUGACAAUCCAUCUUUCCUUAGAAAGCUCAAAGCUGAUAAGGAAUUUCGGCAGAAAGUAAUGCUGGGAACGCCUUUCCUAGUUAUUUGGCUGGUUGGGUUUAUAGCAGACCUGAAUAUUGAUUCUUGGCUCAUUAAAGGGCUAAUGUAUGGUGGCGUUUGGGCUACAGUACAGUUUCUUUCAAAAUCCUUUUUUGAUCAUUCAAUGCAUAGUGCAUUGCCCCUUGGAAUAUAUUUGGCAACCAAAUUCUGGAUGUAUGUGACAUGGUUCUUCUGGUUUUGGAAUGAUCUCAAUUUUUUGUUUAUCCAUCUUCCAUUCCUUGCCAAUAGUGUUGCACUUUUCUACAAUUUUGGAAAAUCUUGGAAAUCAGAUCCAGGGAUUAUUAAAGCUACAGAAGAACAGAAGAAAAAGACAAUAGUUGAACUUGCAGAGACAGGAAGUCUGGACCUCAGUAUAUUCUGCAGUACCUGUUUGAUACGGAAACCAGUGAGGUCCAAGCAUUGUGGUGUGUGCAACCGUUGUAUAGCGAAAUUCGACCAUCAUUGCCCAUGGGUGGGGAACUGUGUAGGUGCAGGCAACCACAGAUACUUUAUGGGGUACUUGUUCUUCUUGCUUUUUAUGAUCUGCUGGAUGAUUUAUGGUUGUAUUUCUUACUGGGGACUCCACUGCGAGACCAGUUACACCAAGGAUGGAUUUUGGACAUACAUUACUCAAAUUGCCACGUGUUCACCUUGGAUGUUCUGGAUGUUUCUGAACAGUGUUUUUCAUUUCAUGUGGGUGGCUGUGUUGCUCAUGUGUCAGAUGUACCAGAUAUCAUGUUUAGGUAUUACUACAAAUGAGAGAAUGAAUGCCAGAAGAUACAAGCACUUUAAAGUCACAACAACAUCUAUCGAAAGCCCAUUCAACCAUGGAUGUGUAAGGAAUAUUAUAGACUUCUUUGAAUUUCGAUGCUGUGGCCUCUUUCGUCCUGUUACCGUGGACUGGACCAGACAGUAUACAAUAGAAUAUGACCAAAUAUCAGGAUCUGGGUACCAGCUUGUGUAGCAGCAUCUUUAUCCUCUGAAGCAUAUUGCUGAGCGGUGCCUGAAAAUUGUGUCUGUCCGUGUCUCUCUCACACUCGAAUCCACAUCCUUUGAACAAAUCGCAUGCUAUACGUAGGGCUAACAGUGAAUUUUACAGUCUUUUUUUCAACACUUUUAUUAACAAAAGUAAACGUGGACAGAACACACUGCCACUUCUGGGAAGAUUAAAGACCUUUAAAAGAAUUUUAAUGCUUCUUAAUGUGGGAAUUCACAACAUACUCAACUUUUUGGUUUUGUUCUCAUAACAUUUUUCAUGAAAAAAGAGUGACUUUAUUCUGUUGACAGACAUGGUAAUGGUAUACUGGUCAGAAACGUUCGAUUCAAGCUAAAACUAAAUACAUGGUAUACAGCUAAAUUUUACGAUGCGAUCUACUAUUAGUAUUGCAUUUAAUUCCAAGAGAGUUGUCUUAAAUUGCUUCAGACUAGUAUUAUGUACAUUUUAGAAUGUACAUGUAAAUACUGUGAUGAAAAUCAUGUGGUUUUAUUAGGGAUCUACUGUAAUGUGUCUUUAAAGGCACAAGGAAAUAACAUUCACCAAAAAAAUGUGCUAACGAUAUUUUAUUGCUAUCAGCUGUUGCAAUGCUGAUUUAUUUCUAGUUCAGUGAAAUAAUUUGUAGUAACCUUGCUCUAAGGUUUUAUGGUCUGAUAAUAAAGCACUUGCAUGAUUAUAGUAAGUCAUGUUAUUUUGUUCAACUUAAAAGCCCUACUAAGUGCAUGAUACACCUCAUAGAAUGUAUACUACUAGCAAACACUAUCCAGUAAAGCAUAAAUUAGAAUUUAAUUUGAUGAGCAAAUAGUCCAGGUUUUAAUAAGAGUUGAGCUACUUUCAAGAAAAGGCAGAACAAAUAAGUUGAUGCAGAAUUCUCAGUAAUAGAGAUGAAUGGAUAUACUGCAAAAUAAAUUGUAGACAAAAUAAUGGAAUUUAGCUAAAGAUGGAGCAUGAUCUCUGUACAUAUAGCACAUGUGAAUAAAAGAAAAGCUAACGGUAUAUUCUGGUUUUUAAAAAAUGAUCCAUCAGAAAGUAUUUUAUCCCCAAGACUGUUUCAAUUUUCCCAAAUAUUGAAUGUUUUGAAAUUUGUUAAUGCUGUCUGAAACAAUUUCAGAAAGAUUUUCUUACUGUUAAACGUGAUGCACUGAUCAAUUUUUGUUACAGCAUUUCCAUACUCUCAUGGUAAACUAUUAGUCACUGCUUCCAUAAAUAUUGUUUACAGAGUGAGAUUUGGUUUAGUCCUCUUUGCUGUAGCAAACUGUGGUUCGAGCAACCUGUGGGAAACCUGUGAGAGGGAAUGGGCUGGGGGAGGGUGGGAAAAGGGUGGUCAGACUGAUGACAGAUCCUAGACCAGUGUAAAGAUUGUGUAUCUGUAUAUAAAUAAUUUAUCAAAUAGUUUUCUCUUUGUGUCUCUAUGUGUUAGUGUAUUUAAAGCUGCUCAUUUCAUUCUAUCCAACCAAAAAGAAAAGGGAGAUAACUAAGGAGCUUCUAGUGAUGUUCAAUAUUGCUGUUAAUAGGCAUUAUACCCUGCAAGUUCACUGCAUGUCUGAUGCUUGGUAAAAUUAGUAUUCUCUGUAAAAUGCAGAUUACAGGUAUUAAAGCAAUCUAGUGGUACACCCGCCCCUUGCCUUAGUAAGAGGAGCAGUGAAAAUGUAUAUAGUUGAUGUUCAGUAUUUCCAAGUACCAUUUUUAUAUAGUAGUUUCUUUGACCGUAAGCCACACAUCAAAAAGAUUAUCCUUAGUGUAUGUGAGUGUUUUAAUAUUAGAAAAUUGGCAUACUUUAUUUUUGAAAAGGGAAGAGAUGGGUGUGGGGUGGCAAUAGCAUUGUGCCAUUUUGUCAUAGAAUGUACAAAAUUGGUUAACUUUACAAAUGUCUCUGCUAGUUUUGACUAAUUGGGGGAAAUUUUAGAUAAUUUUUAAAUUCAAAGUUAUUUAUAAAAGGCUAGAAUUUGUUUUAAUUUUUUGUAUUUUGAGCCACUUCACAUAAAGACUCAGUUGCAGUUUUUAUCUAAUACGUUUUUAUUAACAGUCAACUACAGUGGUUGUUUUCUCAGAAUUUGGGUGAGAGUGUUGUUACCAUGUUCUUUCUUUGGGGUACAAUAUUCUUUUCAGUGCAAAAGAGAUGUCUUUCAGUUAAAUAGGAAAAAAAAAACCACUCUUGCUGUAUAAGUACAUGGAAAAUAUUAGCAAUGUUAAUGCUUUAAUACUAACCAUCUCAUAGUACCAGUGAAUCUAUAACUUAGAAAUGGUCAGAUGGUCAGGAGCCAACUAUGCAGCAGCGUACUGUCUAAUUAUUUUGUUACCUUGUAUGUGGAACCAGUUUUAAAAAGUUGUGUAUGAAGAUGACCCUUUGGGGAAUAGUUCAUUUCAGCUUAAUUGGAUACUUUUAGCAAAUAGAAACUUAUUUCUCAGUUCUGAACAUGGAUUACUUCUUUGGAAUUUUUUCCUUAUGUUUUUGUUGUUUCCAGGAAUUUAUUUGAAAUAUUAAUAAGCAUAAAACAGCAUCAUGGAUAUUUUUAUUUUGUAUUUUCUUUAUUUAUAACUGUGCCAAGUGUUAUUUUGCUACUUACUGUGUUACUCUGUGGAAAGAAAAACCUGUAAAGUGUUUAAUAAGUUAGCUCUCCUUACAUAAAUUAAAUCUGUCAAAAUUUUGUAAAAUAUUAAUCAGAAUAAAUAUUGACUCUUAAA